GUAAUUCAUAGCUUUUAUCGGCAUACAUGACGACUGACGUUGUGCAUUUGAUGCUGGAUUUUGUUGUACUGCCUUUCAGAUGCAGAACGUGUUAAACAGACGACCGCGCAAAGACACGGCAGAUGCAUUGCGGUCACGGGGCGCGGAAACCGGAAAGCGCAGAUGUGAAGUGUGUCUAUGAUACCGCGAGGGGAAAGUUGGAGACCAACGAAUGUGCAGCAGGGAACUGUCUUUUUUACACGAUCAAUGCUAUUCACACAACAGUUGUUUUCUCUUCCUGGUAAGAUCAGCUGUGUGGUACACCUCCUCCUCAUCAUCAUCAUCAUCACCAACAGCAGCCAGCCGGCUGACAGUCAGUGAUCCGCUUCCCGGUGUGUAUUAAUUCACCGACAAAUCAUCCGAACGUCUUAUUUAUAGCGUUUUAUAGAGCUCUUCAUUACAUAUCUAUUGAAGUGGGAGGCUUCUGAUUUGUUAAGAUGACGGGCAAAUCAGUCAAAGACAUUGACCGCUAUCAGACUGUUCUCACGUCGCUUCUUGCACUGGAGGAAAACAAGUUUUGCGCCGAUUGUCACGCUAAAGGUCCCAGAUGGGCAUCCUGGAAUCUUGGAAUCUUCAUUUGCAUCCGCUGUGCGGGAAUCCAUCGGAAUCUUGGCGUUCACAUAUCACGAGUCAAAUCUGUAAACCUGGACCAGUGGACUCAUGAGCAGAUACAGUCUAUACAGGAGAUGGGGAACACCAAAGCUCGAAGGCUUUUUGAGGCAUUUUUACCAGAGUGCUUUCAGCGACCAGAGACAGACCAAGCUGCAGAGGUCUUUAUACGGGACAAAUACGACAAGAAGAAAUAUAUGGAUAAGUGCAUUGACAUCCAGUCUUUCAGGAAAGAAAAAAGUGAGGCAGUCACAAAAGAUGCUCCUGUUGUUUUUGAAAAAAUGAAGCUGAAAAAAGAUGAUUUGCCACAAUCAAAAAAUACUCCAAAGAAACAGUCACAGUCUGUCAAUGACCUAUUAGGUCUAGAUGCCCCUGCUCCUCAAGCGUUUGUGACCAAUGGGAAGCCAAGCUCUGAAAUUAGCCCCGCCCUUGACCUCUUCAGCUCUCUGCCUGCUACUUUCAACAUUUCAAACUCAUCCAGGAGCACACACAGCUCAGGGUCCAUGCCCGCUGGACGGGUAGCAGCAUCAGUGCCUGAGAACCUCAGUCUGUUCCUUGACCAACCCACCAAAAGCGAAGACAGUGCAAAAAAGAUGUCCAAGGACUCCAUCCUGUCCCUGUACAGCAGUGCAACUCCACAAACAAACAUGACCGCUCAUGGAGGCAUGUACAUGGGUGCAACCCAGAUGGGAUACGUUCCUGCUGCCGGAUACGGCCAAUACCAGGCCCUAGGUGCCCAGCAGGGUAUGAUGGGGCCCGUGAUGGCUCCACGGAUGAAUGUACUGGGACAGGCAGGUGUCAUGCCGCAACCUGGGGGGGCAGCUGCUCCUCCAUACAUGGCAGGAAUGCAGGGGGGCAUGAUGGGAAUGCAGAACGGCAUGAUGGGAGGGAUGCCGGCGGUUCCUCAGCAACCAUAUGGAACGCAGCAGGCUCAACAGAUGCAAUGGAAUAUCAGCCAGAUGACUCAACACAUGGCGGGAAUGAAUUACUACGGGGCCAAUAACAGAAUGGGUUACGGGCAGCCCAUGGGCGGCACAUCUGCUCCGGAUUCAAAUCAAAUGCUGGGGUCACAUGAAUGGAAGCGAUGAUUUCAUAAUGCUAGAGAGAGAGAGAGACAGCAUGUCUGAAUGGAUGGUCCUGGUUGGCACCGCUAUUGACCAGCAGCAGGAGGACGACAGGAAAACAUUCUUCAUCAGACACAUUGAGAAGAUAAGAUGAAAGUAACUGAAGCAAAGUCUCUACCUCCCUCAUUCUCAGAGCCAUUUUCCGGAUUUCCACGCUUGGCUUCAAGCAGUCUCAUAUACUCCGAGAAUAGAGCAUUCGUUUAUUUGUGAAGUAUGGUGGGUAUAAUGUGCAGUGUUACUCAAUUUCUGACGCCAUUCACAGCUUGAGCCACACUUCUCAGCCUCCGAAUUCUUGAAGAGUGUGUUUUGGCUGCAUCGCAACAGUCCAUUAUACAGAUAUUUCCUGAAAUACAGUAUGUAUACCACAUUUUUUUCCCUUUAAGCUUAAUUAUAUGGCGCUAUUAAAUAUGUAAAGCCAAUCCCAGAAUGCUUAGCUACAAAAUCAGUAAAGGACAUUUUCGAACAACUUCAUACACCAGAAAAGCAUGUUUAACAAAUUUUAACUUACACUUCUGUUCCAAAGUUUAGGGUCACUUAACCCUUUAUAUUUGUAUCCAUAUUUUAGAUAAGUAAUAAACUCAUAUGUAACUAUUUCAUGGUUUCACAGACCAGGCUUAAAGAUCCAAUGUGUCAUUUUUUGGAGGAUCUAUUGACAUAAAUGCAAUAUGAUAUACAUAACUGUCUUCAUAAUUAUACAGAGACCUUACAUAAUGAAGCGUUAUGUUCUUAUUAUCUUAGAAUGAGCUAUUACAUACACCGUGGGUCCCCUUACAUGGAAUUCGCCAUGUUGUUAUUACAGUAGCCCUAAACGGACAAACCGCUCUACAGGGUCCGUUUUGUAAAUAUGUUAUCUCCUUCAGCAAAGAAGCAAAAACGUGACGACAUCGAAGCCCUGUGUCAGCCACCGUAGUGCUUCGAAAAGGAGGUGGGUGGAGUUAGCCAUUGGUUGCAAUUUGCAGCCUUACCACUAGAAGCUGCUAAACUUCAUACACUGGACCUUUAGGGCCAGUCCAAGGAAAAGGAAUCUUUGAGUUGUCUUAACUGAAAACAACUUGCUCUGCCAUAUCUUAAAAUAUGUCAGUGCGAUUGUUUUGUCUUUUUUUCUAAGGCACUUUUAUAAAAGCAUCUUAAAUAUCCUAAUUUAACUAAGGCAUAGUUCUGGCUUGAGCUAAGCCUUGUCUGUAAAACUGGGCCUAAGAGAACUAUGUUGUGUCUAAAUAAAAUUCUAAUGUUAUAUUUAAGCAUCUUUAAUGUAAUCACCCUUUGCAUAGAUUUUGCAAACAUGUACACUUAGCAUAUAAAUAAUCAGCUUCUUAAGGUCUUACCCUCACCUUUUUCACUAAGGGAAGGUCAUUCACUUCAAAAACAUUUUAAAAUACUGUAAAAAGUUUUGUAAUCUAAGAAAUGAAUAAUGCUUCACCAAUUAUAUUUUCUCCACAUAUAUAAUCUCAAACAUUCAGACGUAUGCCUUCAGAUCAAAAGGUUUUAAGGAUCAUGAAAAAAGAGAGUCAGGUGACCCCACACUUUUGAAGUAUGGUGUACAAACAUGUAUCAAUACUGGAAGGUUUUGGUUAAAUGAUAUCGGAUAAAAGAUCUUUUUAUUAAAAUUAUUUUAAGUGCUUUUAAAGUUUGUUCUAGUUUUGUACCUCUUCUGAAGCAAACCACGAUGUCUAGUCUUUGCAGAACGCUACUUGUGCGAUAUGCAGAGUUGCUAGCCAUGUUAUGAGGUUGAAUGACGGUAAAGAUGCUGCCUUUGUACCUCAUUUGUUUUUUUACAACUGAGUUAAUGUUCCACUGUAAGAAAGCUCGCUAUCAUAAAUACGCACCCUUGAAUGUGCACAGCAGUACUGAAAAGAUAAAAUGUUGUUAGUAAGAGUUAGAACCUGUAUAAUGUCCAUACGGUGUUAAUGGGUCCGCUAUCAAGGGGCUUCUGCAAACCUAUGAAUGAUCCUUUUAUAUCGUUUCUCUUUUUAAAACACAGGGUAGAGUCCCUUCGUCUUUUCUUUCUGACACACUCGACUCAGGAGAUUAAAGCUUGGGAGGAUGAGGGUUCUAACAUCCAUCUCAUAGCAAAAAAACAUUUACAUUCAGCCAAAGAUUUAUUAAAGUUAGUCAGGUCUUUGGAAUUACACGUUCCACAUAGAUCAUUGUGCGGUGUGUUGUGGGUCAGUUUUUGUUGUGUGAGCACACCUGGAGCUUUUAAUGGCACAUUGAUUGUAUUCUGCUGCUCCUCAUUACUGAGUGCACGGCCAACACUGAGAGAAUAAACCCGUGAGGCCAAUGAGGCUACAGUUUGGAUACAGACCAAAUGAAUGUUUCACUUUGACUACGAGGGCAGAAUAUGAUAUUGCCACUGUGUGAAGUUCAUUUAAACGGUCAGUAGACACUGAGGUUAAGAGCUUCUGAAGUAACCAAAUGUGGGUCCCCCUUAAAAAGAUGACAAAGGAGUUAUAAAAUACAAUAUUGAAAUGAUGUCACACAUCUUUUGUGUUUCACAGGGUUUUGAAUGACAUGAGGGUGGGUAAAUGAUGACAGAAUCUAUACAUUAUAUAUAUAUAUUGUGUUCCACCGAAGAUUUGAAAAAAUGGGUUAGUAAAGGGAUAGGUUACCCAAAAUCAUUUACUCAUCCUCAUUUCAUUUAAAGCCUGUAUGCCUUUCUUCUGCAUAACACAAAAGAAGAAUCGAACAUUUCAUUUUAUGGACACAAACCCCCACUGAGAUGUUUCUUAAAAUAUCUUCUUUUGUGUUCCACAGAUGAAAGAGUCGUAUACAGGUUUUAAAUGACAUGACAGAUUUUUAUUUUGGGGUAUAAACAAAUUUCAGUCGUUGGUGAAUUAUUCUCAAGUUGCUGCAGACACAAAGAUAUAUGUGCUUUUAGUCAGGACAGGAGGUGUUUCAUUUUUCAUAGCCAUAAAGACUCACACCAUGUUCUGCCCAGGAAACUGAUCAAUAUGUACGACAGAGAUUUGUAAAGGAUUUGUUAUGCUUGGCUUUGACUUUUUCUGUAUUUUUCUGUAUUUUCUUUAGCCCUGACUGCGAGGAAUCGUUUGCUAACAAUAUCCUGUGAUGAUGCUGUAAUGUUUAUACCUUUUGAAUAUGUCGUCAUGUCUGUCACGUGCACAUCACUGCCCUCUACUGGUCAAAGAGUGACCAUCAGUGAUUUUGGACUGGUGUGAGAUUAAAUGGAUGUUAUUAACACAUUUGUUUGCACAUAUAUUGUGCAUUACAUUUAUUGUACUGCACUGCAACUUUAGGUUUUGUUUGCUUGUUUUUUUUCUGAAUGAAUGGUGUAUAUAAAUUAAUGUGCUUUGAGAUGUAUAACCUUCUAUAUAAAGUAGAUAUUUCCUUGGGUUUUGUCUUCAGUUUAAAACUAUUGUUAUAAUGCACUUUACCACUAGAUGUUUAUGUGCAUGAAUUGUUGUUCCUUGAGUGUGAUCGGAAGCUAAUGUGUUUUACGGAUAUCAACAUUCAGUUCUGUAUGAGUUAUGUGCAUGCUAGUCAUUCCAAAACUGCUUUUGUCAGCUGUUCAACCCUUCAAAUCAGUGAUGCUGGGGAUCGCUAAUCAGAAAGGUCUGCUUUUAUCCUUGAACUUGAAUGUAUUUGUCCUUGGAUGUGAAACAGAAGCUUCUGUGUUGGGUUGGAUCAGAAGAAUUGUCAGGUUUACCUUUUUUGUAGUGCUCUGUGUAAAGCAAUACUAGGUAAACGUUUGCAUUUGUUUAGAAAUGACAACUUGUUUAAAAUCGAUUUAUAAUGACAUGUUCACAUAUGGUGAAUCUGUGGAGAAGCAAUGAUUCUGUAAUGCCAUUCACUGAAACUGUGUACCGCCACUAAAAAAGCUAUACAACACGACACAUAAUAAAUGCUUUUGUUUCAUACGUAAAUGUUAAAAUCCUCUAUUUUCUCAGCGCCGUAAAUCUUCCCUUUCUGAAUCUUUGACACAGGGUUUUAUUUUCAAUAAAGGGUUUUCAACGUGAUUUAUGGAAAUGAAUAUAAGACCCAGACAGCAGUGUAAUUAUUAUCAAUGGCGAAAUGGUGCUAUAACAUCAUCUGUCCACAUCAUAUUGCGGCGGUCUUCUUGAACAUCUUAGACUUUAUUUCAGUGUUACCGGAUUACAACAUUGUGUCUCACAUGAAUGUACAUGAAUGUUCACAUGUGACGUGAAUGUUUGUGUUUCUUCAGGGUUUUGUAAUUAAGUUGCUUAAUCUUCUCUGCAUUCUUUAAAUAUACUUUUCAGGAUGUCUAAUGCAUUACAAAUGCUUGAAUGUGACAAAAGAGAAAUAAACAUACUGCAAUUUA